AUGUCAAUCACAGACAACAAGCAAUGCAGGAAGCACUACCCUUAUACCCUUAUUAGCAUCACAAGCUGUGAGGGUUAUAAGUGCUCUCAAACCAAAGGUCCUACUGGAGUGGUUGUUGUCACUGAGAUUAUUUCUGGUAUCAUCACUUCUUACACAAUCUACUGUCCAGAGACCUACUUCAUCAAGACUUACUUUGAGAAGAUCGUUUGCGUUACCAUCCCAUGUGAGGUUUGUGAAGAGGGUGCUGCUGCUAUAACCAAGACCAUCGAAUGUGAGGAUGAGUGUUACGAUGUUAUUGUCACCCAGACAAAGACCAUUGUUACUGCUACUGGUGGAUCAGUCAUCCCUACUGGUGUUGCUAAGACAUACAUUACUGGUGCCGAGGCGACUGCUACAAUUGUUACUGUUGUUAGCACUGUUGGUGGCUCACAUCUGACUGCUGUUGCUGUUGAAAACUACGGUGUUGCUGUCGAUGAUAUUGCUUUUACGAAAUCUGGUAAUGGCUCUGUUAUUGUCGAGACCACUGAGAUCACAGUGACUAUUCCACUUAAGACAGAAACAGGUAUUUCUGAUUCCUCUGGAUCAUCUGGAUCGUCUGGUUCUGAGACUACUGUAGAUAUUCCUGCUUAUUAA